AUGAAGCAAACCGAGAAGAUGGCGGCUCGGCGCGGGCGAGAGUGGGACGGGGACGAGCAGGGCGCGGCGCCGCCAACGCCGAUCGCCGCGCCGGUCGUAUGCCUUCUCCACUCCGCCGGGGACCUAGCCGCCGGUGCCUUCGUCGGCUCCCUCGUCGGAUACGGAAAAGGUUUGAUCACAAACCAAGGUACGAAAGCUUCUCUCAGCAUUGCUGGAUCUUCUGCCAAGACUUUUGCUGCUCUUGCUGGUGUCCAAAGUUUCAUCAUGUGCUUGUUAAGAAGACUGCGUGGGAAAGAUGACACGAUCAAUGCGGGUAUGGCUGGUUGUUGCACAGGCCUUGCUUUGAGCUUUCCAGCUUUAACAACAUACAGUGCAAUCAAUACUGGAUGCUAUAUGCAUAUAGCUGAGCCAGAUGAUAUUUGCUUAAUCCCUUUAUUGUAG